AUGGCAUGGGCACAGGGAGACCUGACAUCCUCGCUCUCCAUCGUCAUCGCUUUGGCUGCCUGCCUCUCUGCCACCACCAGCGAAGUGAACUUGCUAGACACGUCAACGAUCCCGGGGGACUGGGGCUGGAUGACUUAUCCCUCGCAUGGGUGGGAUUCGAUCAAUGAAAUGGAUGAGUUUUUCAGCCCCAUCCACACCUACCAGGUCUGUAAUGUCAUGACCCCCAACCAGAACAACUGGCUACGGACCAACUGGGUUCAACGUGACGGUGCUCGGCGGGUCUAUGCAGAGAUUAAAUUCACGCUGCGGGACUGUAACAGCAUGCCGGGUGUGCUGGGCACCUGCAAAGAGACUUUCAACCUCUACUACCUGGAGUCUGACCGGGACCUGGGCACCAGCACCCGGGAGAGCCAGUUCAUGAAGAUCGACACCAUCGCAGCUGAUGAGAGCUUCACCAAUGUGGACCUGGGGGUGAGGCGGCUGAAACUGAACACAGAGGUGCGGGGUGUGGGGCCACUGAGCAAGAGGGGUUUCUACUUGGCCUUCCAGGACAUAGGCGCUUGCAUCGCCAUCGUUUCGGUGCGGGUGUACUACAAGAAGUGUCCGGCAAUGGUGAGGAACUUGGCGUCCUUCUCCGAGGCUGUGACUGGGGCGGACUCGUCCUCCUUGGUGGAAGUGCGGGGAGAAUGCGUGGGCCAUUCGGAGGAAAGGGACACACCAAAAAUGUACUGCAGUGCUGAGGGAGAAUGGUUGGUGCCCAUUGGAAAGUGCGUGUGCAGUGCUGGCUACGAAGAGCAGCGAGAUUCCUGCAUGGCUUGUCAGAUGGGAUUUUACAAGUCAGCCCCUGGGGACCAGCUGUGCGCCAAAUGCCCGUUGCACAGCCACUCAGAGAGCCGGGCGGCCCGUGUCUGCCGCUGCGACAACACCUUCUACCGGGCGGUGCAGGACCCCCCCUCGGCUGCAUGCACGCGCCCCCCCUCUGCUCCUGUGAACCUGAUCUCCAGCGUCAAUGGCACCUCAGUGACACUGGAGUGGGGCCCGCCCCUGGACAAGGGGGGACGUGCUGACAUCGUGUACAACGUGGUCUGCAGGCGCUGCAUGGGGGACGAUGGCCAGUGCGAGGCGUGCGGCAGUGGGAUCCGCUAUGUGCCCCAGCAGAUGAGCCUGGUGCAGGGAGCGCUGACGGUCACCAACCUCCUGGCCCACACCAACUACUCCUUUUGGGUGGAGGCCGUCAACGGCGUCUCAGACCUCAGCGUGGAGUCCAGGAGAGCUGCGGUCGCCAACAUCACGACAAACCAGGCAGCUCCGUCCCAGGUGGUGGUGGUUCACCAGGAGAGCACAGGCCAGAACAGCGUCACCUUGCUCUGGCAAGAGCCGGACCAGCCCAAUGGCAUCAUCCUGGAGUAUGAGAUCAAGUACUACGAGAAGGACAAAGAAAUGCAGAGCUAUUCGACUCUGAAGUCCAAGGACACCGCUGCCACCAUCUCUGGGCUCAAGCCUGCCACCCGCUACAUUUUCCAGGUCCGGGCUCGCACCUCCGCUGGCUGCGGGAGGUUCAGUCAGACCGUGGAGGUGGAAACGGGGAAGCCAGUCUCUCUGCGGUAUGACACAAUGACCAUCGUCUGGAUCUGCCUGACGCUCAUCACUGGCCUUGUUGCAUUGCUGGUGGUCCUAAUCUGCAAGAAGAGGCACUGCGGGUACAGCAAGGCUUUCCAGGACUCUGACGAGGAGAAGAUGCAUUAUCAGAAUGGGCAAGCAGGGCUGCCUGAAAGAGCUUAUCUCCUCUCUUCACUUUGGAACCUGGCAGUGAAGUUCCCCGAGUCCAAGUUCUACGUGGACCCACACACAUAUGAGGACCCCUGCCAAGCCGUGCACGAGUUCACCCGUGAAAUUGAGGCCUCCCGGAUCAAGAUUGAGAAGGUCAUUGGGUCCGGGGAGUCUGGAGAGGUGUGCUACGGCCGCCUGAAGCUGCCGGGGAAGAGGGAGAUUCCCGUGGCCAUCAAGGCCCUGAAAGCAGGCUACACGGAGAAGCAGAGACGAGACUUCCUGAGCGAAGCCAGCAUCAUGGCGCAGUUUGACCACCCCAACAUCAUCCACCUGGAGGGGGUGGUGACCAGGAGCAAAUUGGUAAUGAUUGUUACAGAAUACAUGGAGAACGGCUCGCUAGACACCUUCCUCAGGAAACAUGACGGGCAGUUCACCAUCAUCCAGCUGGUGGGCAUGUUACGUGGCAUUGGAGCAGGGAUGAGGUACCUGUCUGACCUGGGCUACGUGCACCGGGACCUGGCUGCCCGCAACAUCCUGGUGAACAGCAACCUGGUCUGCAAAGUGUCUGACUUUGGCCUCUCACGCAUCCUGGAGGACGACCCCGAUGCCGCUUACACUACCACGGGGGGAAAGAUCCCCAUUCGCUGGACGGCUCCAGAGGCCAUCGCGUACCGCAAGUUCUCCUCGGCCAGCGAUGUGUGGAGCUACGGCAUCGUCAUGUGGGAGGUGCUGGCCUACGGCGAGCGCCCGUACUGGAACAUGACCAACCGGGAUGUCAUUAACUCGGUGGAGGAAGGCUACCGCCUGCCUGCCCCCAUGGGCUGCCCCACAGCCCUGCACCAGCUCAUGCUGGAUUGCUGGCAGAAGGACCGCAGCGAGAGGCCACGCUUCUCCCAGAUCGUCGGCAUCCUGGACAAGCUUAUCCGCAACCCUGACCACUUGAAGUGCACGGCCACGGUGAACAGGUGUCCUGCUCCCAGGUUCACCCAAACUCGCCUCGACAGAGGUCUCUUCGACCUGGCCGGCUGUCUGACAGUGGAGGACUGGCUAGACUCCAUCCGGCUGGGGCACUACCGGGACAACUUUGCCAUGGCAGGGUACUCCUCCCUGGGCAUGGUGAUGCGCAUGAACAUCGAGGAUGUUCGGAGUCUGGGCAUCACCAUGAUGGGCCACCAGAAGAAGAUCCUGAGCAGCAUCCAGGCCAUGCGGUCCCAGCUGCUGAACACAAAUGGCCCCAGGAGGCAUCUCUGA